AUGAAAAUUCUUGCACAGCAACGUAAUUUGAGUUCCUCCAAACGGCAUUUGUUGGAAAUUAAAUUUUGGCAACGACAUCAGAUAUUAAACAAUGAACAUGACUCAAUAUUUUUCAAAAUGAAGUCGGCAAAUGCGAAGCCAAAUCAGCGAAAAGCUCUUAUCAUGAAAUUAAAACAUCAAAUCUUAAGACGGGGCCGUAAAGAGGAUUAUAUGCAUGCGGGAAGCUUUCAGGAAGCCAUACGUCCAGUUCUAAUAAUGGCCCAAAUAUUUGCCUUGAUGCCUGUCCAAGGCAUUACCUCAAAUUCCUCGGAGGAUUUACGUUUCACAUGGAGAUCGGUGCGCACCUGGUAUUCCUUUAUAGUUACAAUUCUAUUUGGCAUAUGCUCGGGAUUUAAUAUUGCUUAUGCUUUUCGUGGUUGGUUUAAUUUUGAUUCGGUUGAGGGUAUCAUGUUUUAUACGUCGAUAUUUUUGAUUGCCAUCAUUUUCUUUCGCAUGGCUGGUAAAUGGCCAGAUUUAAUGCAACAAUGGCAACAAGUGGAGAGGGCACUGCCGCAACAAACCUCUGAAAAAGAACGCUCAUGGCUGUCGCAUCGCAUCAAAAUGGUCAUGUUGGUGGCUAUCACUUGUUCCCUGACCGAACACAUUCUCAGCAUGCUGACAAUUAUCUAUUAUGUGAAUCGUUGCCCACGCUUCCGCAAUGAACCGCUGAAUAGUUUCCUUUUUACGAAUUUCAGUAAUUUCUUUUAUUUUUUCGAGUACACCACAUUUAUGGGCAUUGUCGGCAAGGUCAUCAAUGUCCUUUCGACAUUUGCCUGGAGUUUUAACGAUGUCUUUGUAAUGUGCCUGUGUGUGGCGAUGAGGGCCAAGAUUCGACAGUUAAACGAUUACAUGGAAAAAUAUUCGAAAAAGCCUACGACACGCAGCUUUUGGAUCGAAAGACGUAAAACCUAUCGAAUGCUGUGUCAUUUGUGUGAAGCUGUGGAUGACACCAUUGCUGUGGCGACCCUUUUGUGCCUGACAAAUAAUCUCUAUUUUAUCUGCAACAAAAUUUUGAAAAGUUUACAGUGA